UCCGACAGCAGCGGACUUACUGCCGAACAGUCAGAUGCCUUGCUCGACGUUCUAACGCAUCACGAAACCUACCAAGAGAUUGAGGACUUCAAAACACCAGGCGCCAUAUUCAACUACGGACCGCCAUUCCAAGACGAUCUCAACUCAUCCCAGGCGCCGAUAUUACAAGCUCUACUCUCAAAAUUCGUGCUCAAGCUUCCUGGUCUGCGCGAUGUUCCAGCUGAAUUCUGGAAAGGUCGGAUAGAGAAACUGAUCCAGGAGUUGGCAGAGGCUGAGCUGAGUGAGAGUUACGACAAGGGCGUCCUUGGAAUCCGGAAGACUCUGGCAACUGCUAUCUCGGCGCUGAUCGAGUACCCUGCUCGAGGCAUUCUAUCCUUUCCCAAGCAGCCAAUCGACCGGUCUCGAAAAUAUGAUGUCGCGAACGCCGACGAUGUGCUACAGGCUUGGAAGGAUUGCGUGCAGGACUUGGUGUACGGAGACCUCAUUGAUCGAUUGGUGCAGCGAGUCGCAGAGACCGACGACCUGACAAAGCACGAGACGUUGGUCCAAGCCUUUCACGAGUUCAUCCUGGUGAACCUGGCAUCGAUCAUGCAUUACACAUUGGUCCUCUCACCAGAGGGUGCUAGCAUUGUACGAAUGAUUGAAAACGUACAUAACCUUCUCCCGUACACCAUCAUGCGGCAAACACUGAAGAUUGGUAAUGUUGCCACGAUGCUGAGUGGCUUGGUGCGUGUAGUCCUUGCAAAAGCUAGCAUGGCGAGUGUCACCAAUUGGAUGGGCUUGAGCAGUGGUGCCGAUGAGGGAAUGAAUUUGCUUCAACAGAUCAUCUCACAGGUACUUGGCUGGGAUAAGCGUGAGCUCAAAAAGCGUGCCGACAAGCUCGAGAAAGAUAAGGAUGGUCCGCCGAAGGAGGUCCAGGACGAGCUGAAAGACUGGAUCAAGCGUAGCAGAGCUGAGCACGAAGAAUGUCGUACGCGGAGUCGAGAGUCGAACAUGUCGAUUGUGGCGGUCAUCUUGUCAUUGUCGUCUGUCUCGGCAGAUCUCUCACCACUACAGCACGACAAGGCUCACGAGUAUCUGUCGGUCAUUCUGGCGAUCCGAGACCGACAGGAGAUCGUCCGCGUGAUGUGCAAGAGAAAUCCCGAUAUUUUGACAGCUGCCAUCAGAGAAGCCGUGGACGCAUACACACCAAUGAUCCGCCAUGUUCAUCAGGCCGUGAACCUCUCGGAUACUCUCUGGGAUUUUGAGCGGUUCCUCACAGACAUGCUUAGUGUUGCCAAGCCCAAAGGAUCCAAAGGGCAGGAGAAGGCUCCGAGCGUGGAGGACUUUGUCGAUCUACUGCAUCGGCAUCAGAGUAGCGUCCACAAAUUCCUCCAUCAGGCGGCAAAGAACGGCAAAGAGAUGGUGUCAUGGUGGCAAGACUACGCUCACAAAGCUGUAGCUCAAUUCAGAUGCGAUGAGACGCCGCCUUCAAGUGCCUCGGUAGUGUCCGACAAGAUGACGAUGGGAGGAGCGAAGACAGCCAUGCACGAGGAGUUCGCGAAGCUGUCACAAGAUGACCAGAAGGUGGUCAAGCAAGAACUGGAGGCGCAUCGGAAGUAUGUCGAUGACAUCCACACAGCCUCUGCAACUCGCAUCAAAGCCGUCAUCGAAAGAACUCGCUCCUCGCCUUUCGGACCUGGAGCCUUUCUCGCAAGGUGGCAGCAACUUCUGGAUAACACGGUUGUCACUCCUGCUACCUUUCAAGGCCCGGUCCGGUAUGGA